CAAAUAAUCUCGCCCUGUAUUGUUUACAUCACGUAAAUUUGGUUUUAGCUAGUUGCAUGAAAAACGUAUCUGAGUGCGAGAUUUCAUUUUAAUUGUCUUUUUGUACUAUUCGCUAGGAAUCAGACGAAAUAAUUCAUUUACAAAAAGUUGCACUAUGGCAAAACAUACCCUCCAUCUAGUGCUUCUGUACGGGGCGCUAGUGAGCAUCUCGCUUGCCGCGACCACGCACAAACACGGUCACCAUGCUACGGGAUCCAAAGAAAGGCUGGAGGACGGCAGCUAUGCUCCCCGAGAUGCUCAUCAUAUGGAAGGAGACGAACAUCACUCUGAAUUCGAUCACGAGGCCAUUCUUGGUAGUGUAAAGGAGGCGGAGGAAUUCGAUACUCUCUCUCCGGAGGAAUCCAAGCGCCGAUUGGCGCAGUUAGUUCUCAAAAUGGAUCUAAACUCGGAUGGGUUCAUUGACCGACACGAGCUGAAGGCAUGGAUAUUGCGUUCGUUCAAAAGUUUACUCGAGGAGGAAGCCACUGACAGGUUUGAGGAUUUGGACUUGAAUCAAGACGAUGCCGUUAGUUGGGAUGAGUACUACAUGGAGACGUACGGAAUGGACAGCGAGGACGAGGAAUCGCAGAAGAUGGAUGUGUCAGACCCAAGCAAAGAGGAAGAGAGGAAACUGAUGGCUGACGACAAAGAAAUGUUUGAAGCAGCCGAUAACAAUAAGGACGGAAAAUUAGAUCCAUCCGAGUUCGUCCUGUUCAUUUCCCCAGAAGAAUUCCCUCAAAUGUUUUCAGUUGUUCUGAAGCAAACUAUGCGCAACAAAGACACCAAUAAAGAUGGGAAGAUUGACUUCCAGGAGUAUGUUGCAGAACAAUCCAGAGAUCACGACAAGGAAUGGCUGAUUACCGAAAAGGAUCGCUUUGACAAUGAUUUUGAUAAGGAUGGUGACGGAUAUUUGAAUGGAAAUGAAGUUUUAUCGUGGAUCCUACCCAGCAACGAUGAAGUGGCAGAGGACGAAGCAUCUCAUUUGUUUGCUUCUUCUGAUGAAGAUCACGAUGAUCGUCUUUCCUACCAGGAGAUUAUCGACAAAUACGAUGUGUUUGUUGGUAGCGAGGCCACCGAUUAUGGCGAUCAUCUGCAUAACAUUCACCAUUUCGAAGAUGAGCUAUAAAGUAGUGCAAUCAUUUUGUUAGAAUACUGGCUAGAUUUUUGUAACCAAUGAUACUCCUAAUUUUUCUCCCCUACUCUAGUCUUUAAAGUCCAGUAUUUAUAAUAAAUUUUAUUUAUAAGCCUCAUCGAGUUGUCAAUACACAAUUUGAUUCGUACCUCUCCUACAUCCCUUAUCUAUGAAAUGCAGAAAAUGAAUGUUAUAUAAGUACUAAUCCAACCAUAUAAUUCAUAAGUAUUUCAUAAGAAUUUGUAUGCUCGUUUUUCGUACAUAUUUAUUUUGGUGAAUGCUCUCAUUAUGGAUAAUGUGACUGCGUUCUGAUCAAAACUAGUGUAAGUUCAAAUUACAUUGCUUCUUAUGAGUCAAAAGAUGUGAGAAGAAUUGAUCGAUGAGUGAUAAUGGAA